UAGCGCAGCAGCGCUGCCGGCGCGCCGCGCGCAGGGAGGGGGGCGCGGCCGGCCCGACCAUUUGCACGCAUGCGCAAAGUAGUCUUUUUGAGGGUGUGUCUGAUGUCCUACAGCUAGCUAGCUAGCUAGCUCUAGCUGCAGCUUCCCGCCCCCUCCGUGCAGUGCGUGCGGGUGAAUCUGUGGUGGUUGGCUCAACUUUCAGUGAUGGCUCGCAGUAACGGUGCUAACAGUAAAAGAUGCUCCCUGUAUACUGAUCUGGAUCACCUGCGAACUAUGUUUGCCUCGGUUGAUCCAGCAAACACUGGUUAUAUUGGCUACCAGGAGUUGAGGUCGCUUGCCCAAUCAGGGGCUGGUAUGGAUGAGGCUAUGGUUGCAGUGGUGCUGCAAAAGUUAGACAGAGACAAGGAUGGAAAAAUCAGCUUCGACGAUUUUCAAGCUCUUUUUGAAUCAGAACGAGAGUCCAUCAAAAGGCAGAGGAUUGAAAAGUCUAAUGCUAGUGGUGGGAAUGAAGAACAUAAAUUGGUGCUGGAAAGUAGCCCUCUGGCUAUAGUAGCUUCACCACUUGAUGAGAGUACGAAAAAUGCUGGUGUAUUACUAAGACACAAAAGACCACUACGGUUGCAGAGAGAGGAGCAAAGCCACUCUAGUGGUCUAGAGCUCUCAUUUGCGCACAUUGGAAGAGGACCUAGGGAUGAACUAUCGCCAGUAGAACAUGAUUUAGCAACUCAGAUGCAGUACCUUACCAAUAUUCCAGAGAGCCCUAGAUUAAAUAGGGCUUCAAAAGUUCUAUCAUGGAUUAGUGAGUCAGAAGACAUGUUUGAGGACACGGGUGUCAAUGAAGAACAAAGAGAUGGGUGUCAUCUAAGCUUGUCUAAGAAGAAGAUGAUGAACAAACUUCCCUACCAUACAAUGGUUUCUCCGCCUAUGUCUCCCAACCGUGUUUCUGCUGAUGAUGAAAUUCAUAUACUCUCAAUCGUUGAAGCUGUGUGUCAAACGCAAGAAAUUGGACCUAAUGCAGUUGAAAAACUGUGCAGUCAUGCUAAUGCUGAUGAGCAAGAGCAACAGGAGUUGUUGGCACUUAUCAGCCACCUAGACAAGGAGGGAAGGGGUUAUGUGAGUGUUGACGAAUUUGUGGGUGGCCUUCAUUCUCUGUGCACCUCAGCCAGUGUGGCAUCUUCUUCAACACCUCCUCUUUUUCACCCUCAUGGAAAAUCACACAGACAGAAUGAUAUGCCAAUUCCACAAAUGAGUGAACCAUUCAGCAGUACUCCAAAGAGUAGCCAAAGGAUAUUGGCACCUCACACCUCAACACCCCUCCCACUUCACCGCAAAAGUGCACUCAAAGGCGAUUCAUCACAAUUGACUGUCUUGGAUCCACAAAACUCAGGGUUUGUGGCAGUGGAUACUUUAGCCCAGCAGUGGCACAGAAUGGGAGUUGAGCCACCGCAUGAUCAGAGCCUGGAGGAAGCCCUUAGAGAAUCUCUACCAGUGGAUGCAUCACAACGUGUCAGUGUAUCUGAAGUUGCUAGCACUUUAGAGACAGUGGUGUUGAAUGAAAACCAAAAUCAUAUACUACGUCAAGCUGCAUUACUUACAUACAAGGCAGAAAUAAAUCAGCUAAGAUCCCAAUUGCAUCAGGUCUUAAUGGAGAGAGAUGGGCUGCAAUCUAAUCUUCAGCGGACCACAGAGGAAAACAAGCGUCUUGUGCAGGAGGGUGAUGAACAAGUUGAAAAGAUCACAAGAGAAUCUGAAAAAAAAGCCAGGUGUGGCUAAAUUAUAUAUAUAAGCACACAGGGUUAUGGAUAUAGAGCUUGUAUCUUUGAACAAAGGUGUGUUAAUUUACAGUUGAAGACUAAUCUUUCUCUGAAUGAAACAGUGACAAGUUUAUGAACAAGUUCUUAGUUUGUGUAGCAUCAGAACGCCUUUCCUGUUUACACAGCGUUUCACACACAAUUAUUAUUACCCUUUAAACGUGUAAACAGAGAACACCUUGGUUCUGAGGCUAGGUUUGUGUGUGUGUUUUUGUCUGUCUGCUACUAUUAGUUAUAGGCUACCAGGUAACCAAUGAGUGAUAUCAACGACCAUGUCAUGCAUGAAUUUUGAAACGGCGAUAUUCGUAAAACCACUUCAUUUGAGAGUUAUGGCAUUUAUUACACGAAAAAGAUCCAUUAUGCAAAUAAGCACAGGCUUAAGUAAUAUAAUCAGGUUUUGCCUGCUCAGCACACCUUUGUGGCGAAGGACCAGUAUCUAGUCUAGCAUUAUAGUGAUAUAGAUAAUGUAGCCAGCCAAUGUUAGAGGGAAAACUUUACUUUAAUCAAUGAGUUACGAUGCGUGGCAUAGUUAUACCAUAAUGAUGUAUGUGUUUAUUAACACUCGCUGCGUAUGCACGCUGAGAGUUUCGGUACAUUGGGUGUCUGUCUAUCACUUUUUCGCCACCGCCCACAACAAGUCAGCAAACGGGUGACACCAAAAGCCUCAGUGGUACAGGCUUGAUGGCAAUUUGUGAAGAAACGCUGCAUUUAAAAUAUUACAGCGCAAAAACCAAAGCCAAUAUACAAAUUAUAAGUGACCCUCCUCAACUGCCUCGGCUUAGUUGUGUACUGUGAAGGCAAUGUCGAGUGUAGUGUUUAGAGUCUUGUGAGUAGCUAUCCCAUGUCAGGCCCUCAGAGAGCUAGUAAGAAAAAACCGUGUGUAAAUCGACACUGUAUCCUAGCUAGCGAAAGAAAUUGGCUCCUUACUGGCCACACCCGCAACCCAUGUGCACAUCUGCAACGAAAAAAUGACUAAGUCCCAAAGGAUCUUAAAAUUGCAAACGAUAGCUAAAUUAAAAAUCCUGCUAAUUUAAAUAAAGAGGCAUAUAGGGAUGAUAAAAAGAAAUGGAGACAAGAUAGGGAUGGGAUACAUGAAGUAUGGUUAAUGAACAGAUUUGAGCACGCUGACACCCCCAACCCAAUCACACAAUCCCUACGUAUAACAAAUCCUGCGAAUUAAAAAGAGGCAUAUAGGGAUGGU